ACGGAUUUGGCACUGUGCUGCUGCUGCUGCUGCUUUGCUGCGACUUGCGAGGUGUUGAUUCAAUUUAACUUGCAAAAAAGUGGAAAUAUUAGCCAGGAAAAGCGUUUCGAACGGGGCAGCACAGACUAACUAAAUCAUUGAUCGCGUUGCUUAUAAGGUACUCCAGGGAAUUCCGGUCCCAGAUCCGAAAUCGGUUGUUGCUCUCGGCGACAAUUUUGUGAUUAUAGAAUCUUCCUUAUAGUGCUUAGUGCUGUGGUGGAUAAAAUAAAGAAAAAAAAAAUUAUUACGCUUGUUUGACGUCUAGCUCAGUGUCUUUCUUCGCUUAAUUUCCUGGCCUCUCCUGGUUUAAGGUAGUGUUGUAAAAGUGCAAAAUUCAAGGUGAAAUAAAAAUAACACAUUUUCCAGCCGUACCAGGAGAACGGCCCCAGGAAGUGAGCUCCCCUCGAAAUUUUAGAAUCUGAUGCUAGUGGGCCGUCGGUCGGAUUACGACGGUAUCUCUGGUACGAAGAGCCCAAAUUUUAUGAUCAUGUGGUGAAGGCGAAAGGUGCAUGCGAGUGCUAUCGAUAAAUUAUACUGCAAGAGAGCCAGGUGCAAAUAGUCGACGAAAUUGAAGAAGCGCAACAAUUCAUCAACCUUUUGGUUCCGGGUGUUGGUUGUGGUGUGGUAAACGAGUUGCACAGAAAUUGAACUCAGAUGGUUCGAUAAGGUUUGACGAAAUACGGAAUUCCGAGCUGAUUCAACACUUCGGAAUAACGUCAUCGAGGGGUUGAAAUUAUACUUCAACUGGAAUAUAAAAUUGUCUGAAUACUGAAUACGAAAGUUACAAUCCAUCACAAGGCUUUUGACGACAUCGACUUCCGGACCAACGGAAAUGGCAGACCAAGAAUCGGACAUGGAAUAUUCAUCGGACAAUGAUGACGAAUUCGAGGACUAUUACAAUUCCGGUAUAGAGGACUGCGACAUCGAACAGAUCGAUCCCAAGCGAUGCGAUCCGGAGUACUUCGUAUACGAUUGCCUGAACGUGGAAGAGGUGGAAAAAUCCUUCAAUGAGUCAGUAGAGAAGCUAAGCAAUCAGAUUCAAAUCACGCCUUCGUUGGCCAAAGUUCUACUGCACGAGAACAAAUGGAACACAACGGAGGUCGUGGAGAAAUACCGAAAUAACGCAUCCAGCCUCCUAGUUAGUGCUCGUAUUAAGGCAGCUCCGAGUGCCGUGGCCACGACAUCAACAGCACCGAGUGUGAUAGCCAGUAGUAGCAACCCUAGCAGUUCCAGUACCAGUUCUGUAAAUCCAGCAGCAAUCGCUGGAGCUACCACUAGCUCAAGUGUUAGUACGAAACAACCGGCAAACCUGGGCCCACCAGCAGCUUCCUAUCGUACCCACCUGUGUCCGGUUUGCGUGACGGUUCAAGCAAUAGACAAGUUCCACAAUCUCUCCUGCCAACACUCAUUCUGUCGCGAUUGCUGGGCAAUGCACUUCGAAAUUCAAAUCAGCCAAGGUAUCUCCACUCAGAUCGGAUGCAUGGAACAGCGGUGUGAUGUUCGCGUUCCUGAAGAUUUGGUUCUAAAUUUACUAAAUCGGCCUCUACUUCGGGACAAGUAUCAGCAGUUUGCCUUCGCUGAUUACGUCAAGUCGCACCCGGAGCUGCGAUUUUGUCCCGGACCUAACUGUCAGAUAAUUAUCCGCAGUCCGGAUAUUAGCCCAAAGAAGGCCACCUGCAAGGUUUGCAAUACCUCGUUCUGCUUCCGGUGCGGUUCGGACUACCAUGCGCCGACCGAUUGCCAAAUCAUCCGCAAAUGGCUCACGAAAUGUGCGGACGACAGCGAGACGGCCAAUUAUAUCAGCGCCCAUACCAAGGACUGUCCGAAGUGUCAUAUCUGCAUCGAGAAGAAUGGCGGCUGCAACCAUAUGCAGUGUUUCAACUGCAAGCACGAUUUCUGCUGGAUGUGUCUCGGCGAUUGGAAGGCGCACGGGUCCGAGUACUACGAAUGCUCGCGGUACAAGGAAAACCCCAACAUUGCCAACGAAUCUGUUCAUGCUCAAGCCCGGGAAGCAUUGAAGAAGUACCUCCACUACUACGAAAGGUGGGAGAAUCACAGUAAAUCGUUGCAGCUGGAGCAGCAAACGCUGGACAGGAUGAAGACCCGCAUCAACGAGAAGGUGAUGAAGGGCCUGGGAACGUGGAUCGACUGGCAGUAUCUGUUCGAUGCGGCCGCCCUGUUGGCUAAGUGCCGAUACACUCUGCAAUACACUUACCCCUAUGCGUACUACAUGGAGGCUGGCUCUCGGAAGGACCUGUUCGAGUAUCAACAGGCUCAGUUGGAGGCUGAAAUCGAAAACCUCUCCUGGAAGGUGGAGCGUGCUGAAACCACAGAUCGGGGUGACCUGGAGAAUCAAAUGGAUGUGGCGGAAAAGCGACGAACUACGCUGCUGAAGGACUUCUUCCCAACUGAGGCAUGAUGCGUCGUCAGCGGUGACAGCUGUAUCGAUGCUGAUGGCAAUUUUUAAAUCAUCGAAGUGAAUGAAGUUCGUUUUUUUUUAAAUGAAAGGACUUUUUGUCAAGGUACGAGAAUUUAGGCAACGGAAUUACCUACAUUUUCUUUCUUUCACCAAAUCCCACCUCUUUGAACCGUUGUCAUCAUUUCAUAAUCGCGCGAGGAACCCUUCGCCGUUAUCUAAAUCACGCUAAGUUAAGAACAUUUACUUAUUGGACCUCCUGGUAGAAUAGAGAAGCAAGACUUGUUCAAGUGUUUAGAUUGUUUUCCUAGCGUUAUGAGAAGACGCAGUGUGGUCCUUUCCAACUUGAGUAAAUUCCAUCAUUUCUAUGGGUUUACAACCGGUGGUUAUCAUAUUCCAAACGAAAUUGUGUAGAACAUAGUGUUUUCUCAGAAUGAUAAAAGAAAAUAUUGUCAUGAUGUAUUCAUGGCAAUUAUUUUUUUAAAGUUUGUUCAUAGAUAAUCAUUUUAUGUAAUUUAAAAGCUCCAAUUCGAUAUUCCUAUAAUAAAACCAAAUGAUCUUCAUUCGUAGGGUAAACAUUUUUGAGAUAACGCAGCAAAAAACCUGUCACGAAGGCGAGAUACAGAAGAAGAAAAAAAUGCUUGCUAGAAUUAAUUCGAGCAUUAUUAAUGUUCGAGAGAAACUAGAUUUUUCGAAAUUUCAACAUAUUACUUAUGUUUUAAGGAACGCAGUGUGUUGUCCGUAUUAAGAUCGGCUCUAUACCCGACACCUAAUCGGUACCACACGUUCGAAAUAUUUAUUACUUGGCUGACAACUAUAAUUCGAAACUUUACGAACACACCUAAUUGUAUAAUGAAACAAGAAUCAACAACAAAUGCGAUAAAUAUAAUCAGGAUCUUAAUGUUAAGCUAUCACAAUGAAUUCAAA